AUGGAGUUAUCAACUCUUAUAAAGAAAAUCGGGCAUCCCUUAUUGGAAAUACGACUUCGAGCUUUAAAGAACAUAAUUUGCAAGUUGGACCAUUGUCUCAUUUCUGUGGCUGACAUAGUGCAGGAGAAGAUGCUUUUUGUUUACCUGUUGGAGUGGUUCAGUUUCCCUGAAGUGCCAAUGCAAGAAGAAGUCCUUGAAUUAAUAACACGAUUGUCCAAGCAUCCUAGUGCCGCCCAGAUGCUGAGAGACGUUGGGGCUGUGGACUUCCUCACCGAACUGUCUCUGAAAGUGGAGCCCAGACUGCGAGCUGUCAUCGAUGGAGCUCUGGACCAGCUGUUUCAACUUCCAGAGCUACUGCCUAGUCACACCAUUGUGUAUUCAUGCAAGACAACCACUGCAACAACCCCCAAUGUGCCUGAAACGGACGCUUUAUCCCACUCUGGCUACUUCCACAAAAGAGCACAGAUUCAGAGUGAUACACUGUCUCACAAGAUAAGAAAGCGGGAAGUUGUGAAAUGUUUGAAAUUUUCAGUGUUUCCAUGGCUCUCGUUGACAAACACAGAUCGACAUAUAUUUUCAUCAAAUGAAAGUUCAUUAAGAAGCAAUAACCCCAACUUAGUCCGGACAACAUGUGAACUCCUGCAAGAUGUCAUUAUGCAAGAUUUUCCAUCAGAGGUCUUUUUGCAGCGCCCUGGAAUUGUGAAGAUUUUGCUGGGCCUUUUGUGCCUCGGUUCAGGUAAAGAAGAUAAAAACUACCUCUUCUUCCAUGCUCUGUCCUGUCUACGGCAGCUCUGUGUGGGCCUUCGGAGGAGACUGCGCCGUCAUCAGGACCCAAGCUUUUACUCUUCUAAACGAGAUCCAGUGUCCGAAAACUCCUCCUUUUCCAAUGAGGUGCGGGGGAGCCCGCACUCACAGGCCUCGUCCCCAGCUGCUGACCAAUCUCCCAGGCCCUCUGUGGUGGGACGUCCUGGGCAGAGAGCAAGAGGAGAUGGUCAAGACAGAGAUGCAACUUCUAGCAAUGGCAGUUCUCACAGAGGUGCAGCGGCUGCCCGGGCUCCUCGGCUCACGUCCCAGUCGCCAGUAGCCCAUUUGGAGUUGCCUGAUCUUUGCGUUGAAGAUAGCCUGGAGCUGCAGUUCCAACAGCUCACACUUGCACAGUUCAUUGUGGCCACCAUACAGCACUCUGUUCCUCUGCUAAAAACAGAGAGUUCACAUGUGUUUCACCGUGUGCUGGGGCUGCUGUCUGAAGCAGUCCUCCUGCUCGGGGACACUGUUUCGGAGCUGGUCUGGGACGAUGGCAGUCUGGUGGGAAUAGAGCUGCAAGAAAAGCUGAAAGAAUCCAUGGAACUGCUGGGGGACAUCUUGGACUACCAUCUCAAAUGUUCACCGGAAAUAAUCCAUAGUUUACGGAUUCAUCACAAAAUGGCCUAUACAGGAACAGCUAUAUUUACCAUCAAACUCCUUCAAACCAUCCUGCCUCCUGAGAAGGCUUCAGAAAACCUCUCAGAAAACACUGCAACUGCCAUUUUCCAUCUUAGCAUGGACCCAUCAAUAAGAAGUGUAUUACCAGGCAUUCAAGAGACAGCUGUAGCCAUUUUGGAGCAGGUGAAUUCAGAUCAUUUUGACUUGUACAGAACAGUGACCAGAGCAGCUCUUUGGAUGGAAUCAACAUGCGGUUUUCUCAAAGAGGCACAGGCUGAGGGCAAUAAGAACUGGCUUGAGUUACUAGAAUUGGCAAACCUAUCAAUAGAUGGACUCCCAUUUCAUCAGCAUCUGCCAGUCAUCAAAGAAUGCGUUCAAUUGUGCUCUUACCUGUGGAAGUUUGAUCAGCCCAGCCCACUUCUUCAAACUGAAUGCCAAAAACUACUUCUCAAGCUGCUGUCCCAUCCACUCCAAUCUGUCAAGACGGAGACAUACGCCUGUGUUUUAAAUCUGGUCAAGGACUGCCUUGGCAUCUACAAUGCAUCACGACAGGAGCCAGAAACCAGCAGCGGCGUACGCUUUCUUCUCCACUAUAAAGUGUUGUAUGAAAUCUCUGCUUUUGGACUGCAAGACUCUGCUCAAAAGGUGCACUCUGCUGCCAAGGAUAUUCUUCUCUUCCUGCUCAAGGGACAAUUGAUGAUGACAGCAUCACUGUGGGACAGAUUGAAUGAGGCACUUUACCCGAUCAUGCCCAUAUUACAGGGUUACGCCAACACUGAGGAGUCUCUGGGAAACUGUGUCCUGCUGAUAAGUGACAUGUCCGACGCGGCGAGGGACAACAUGUUUUCAAGCGCUGCCAAGUUAAAGGCAGCGCUCCGACUGCUCUUCACUAAACAGCCCACUGUAAGAAUAGCUGCCGUACAACAGAUUCUUCCUCACCUGACCAGUGCUGACGGGGCACAGACUGCUAGACCAGAGCUAGACCAGUUGGUGAUCUCCUCCCUCCCCAAUCUCUUCUGCAUGAAAAACCCGGUAGACGUUGGUCUUGACACCAGCAGCAAGUCCUUCCUAAAGGUGGAGUCCGUGGAGAAGCUCUACUGUAUUUUGUCCUCAGAAACUAUAGAUAUCUCACUGAAGCGGUCAGCUGCUGAACAACUGGCUGUGGUCCUUCAAGAUACAAAUAUGCACCCUGUGGUCAAGAGUCUUGGAAUAAGUGACAAAGUUCUGUCUUUUAUUAUGGAGUGCGUCAGUGGAAACGAGAGCCUGGACGGCCUGCUGCAGCCUUGUGUAUGUAUACUUCGGAAGCUGGUUUUUGCUGAUCCCUGUGUGAGACACAGCCUGGCCGAGCGCAGCCCUCUGCUCCUCAUGCUGCUCAGAGCUUCUCUAAUACUGAAAGAAAACAAAAGUAACAGCAGUGACGUGACUGUAUUGAUGUGCUUAUUGCUGUUUGAUGAAAUUGCUAGUCUCGAAAUGUGGACUGAUCCAUCAAAGCAUGACGUCAGCGUUUCCACCUUCUCUUUACCCUUGACAAUAACACGCAGGUACAACCUUCCGUUUGUGACGGCCACUCACCACGCCGUCAGCCCAAGCUGCUGCGUGCUGCCUGCCUCCUCUGAUCUGUGGACCCUGGGACCUGCACACCAUGCCCUGCAGGUGGCCUGGAACACCUCAUGGUAUUCUGGGAUAGACGGUCUCCUUGAGAAAUCCCAUGAGUUCAGAGAAGACAAUCAAUUCCAUGAGGACCUGAAGCUGAGCACUUCUCAGGUGGAGAUGCUGCGGGCCAUGCACUACCCCACUGCUCUGGGGGACUGUGUCCAAGCCAUAUUCACCGCGGCUGGACACAGCUCAGUCUUCUCUGCCCUUUCGCGCCUCAGACUGUUUUUACUGAUGGACAAACUGGCCUUGCCUCAUGUCCCCACUCACAGCUGUAGAGAUACAAUGCACUGUUUAAACUGGCACGCAGCAAUGAGCAGGUUUCUCCGGGUUUGCCCAUCCUGUGUGGAAGAUGAAAAGCUGCUUGUGGCCAUUGUUGAAUUCCUUAAUGAUUAUUUUAAACAGACUCAACCAGGACCUAUGUCAGAACACGAAAACCAGGACCUCUGCUGGAUUCUGGAGCUGCUACUUAACCAGGAUACAGCAUGCCUUCUUGAUCUCCUCGGUACAGAGAGUCAAACCCCACAAGAGGAGGAAGAGCUGAAGACUCAAGUCAGUCAGAGACUCCAAAGAGAGCUCAUGUCUUUGUUCAACACUUUACUCCAGUGUCUGCGUAACACCACAGACCGACUAUGUUUGACUUUGGCCGGCCCCUUCCGCAGCCAGCUGGCUGAGCGUUUGCUCCAGAGCCUGCGAGUGUCAGACGCCCCUCGUUUCUAUGGCCUUCCCAGUCUGGAGAGGACCCUGCAGGGAAUGAUCUGCCUGACAUCCCAGGCUGGCUGGAGCACCCACUGCCCUGACCCAGGGCCAGCCUCCCUCUGUUCCAAGUAUCUGAGCGGUCUGUUGGAGGUGAUUUCUUCCUUCUAUGUGGAGUGGAGAGGUAACUUGAUGUCUUUCAUGGGUAAAGGAGUGACUAAAAGUGCCGCCGUCUGUCUGCUGCACCUGUCCUCUGAGAUGAUGGCAGAGAACAAAGAUGAGGAUGUAAUCUCCCAGUGGUCUCUUGGGAAUGAAACAAAUGAGGAAGCGAGUAAUGCUCAGCUCGGUUUGGCCUGGCUUAUACCGCUAUGGGUUGAUCGGGAUCCAGAGGUGAGGUGUGCCAGCUUGGGUCUGGGUGCAGCUCUAUCGUCGAUGCCCGCUGGGUGCCAGGCUUUGUGUGCCAGCUGUCAGAACAUCAGCGGAGGGCUGUGGGGCACGUUGCUUAACAUCCUUUUGGAUCAGCAGGAAAGCAGCAUGGUCCGCAGAGAGGCUGCAUUCAUCCUGCACAAUUUGCUGGUGAUGCCGAUGCCAGCCAACGCAGAGGAGGCCAAGGACUCCCCCUGGCAGCACCCAUGUGUUCAUGAUGAAGUGUCAGGUGUGUCUCUGGUGGGCUUGCCAGCGCUUCAGGCUCUGCUUUACCACUGUCAGUAUUUCCAGCAUGUGGCCUCCUCUGCAGCCGCCUGUUACAAAGGCCGAUACACGCCUCUCUUACAACCUCACGCUGCGACCGGUCGUGGAGAAAACAACACUUCACAAGAUUCAUGUAAUUCCUUAUGGUUUUGGAAAGCUGCUGCUAUUGAACCCACUGUUAACUUGUGUAGAACUUCCACUUCUGUAUCCACCUUCAGCACUGAGAUACGAAGCUCUGGAGUCCCCUCUCCUAAUGCCCAGUCACCACUCAUCGUCCCAGACGACGCCACCACAAACAGAUUAACGGCUCAAGGCCAAAGCGACACAGACACCAGCGCCUCCGUCUCAUCCCAGGACUCCCUCCACGGCGAGUCCGCGACCGUGGAGCCUAUCGUCAUAGUAACUCCUGACCUCCUAUCGGCACACUGCGGCCUUCUGGGUAAUCUGCUCUCCAUCGUGCCAGACUUCACUCUCUCUGCCAUCCGACAGCACCAGCUUCUGCAGGCACUCGCCAGUGUGGUGGACAUUAAACUCAUUGAGAAGUGCCUGAGUGACUUGAAGAUUCCUUACAUUGUGCGGGAAGAACAAGCAGACAUCAAGAGUCAGCUGGUGACCCUCCUUCAGUUCCUGUCCGCCUUCUCAAAGCUGCUGCAGUCUUAUGUUACAGUCAGUCAAGAGCCUUGUGGGCUCCCAGACUUCAUGAAACAGCUGCUUCCUUCUUUUGUGGCGGUGCUUAUGCUGGACACAAAAGGACUAGAUCCUGGUUCAGAGGACACGGUGCGCUCGUGCUGGGCGGACAUGUUUUUGCUCCUGGCUCUUCUGGUGAGGAGGGACAGCUCUGCAGUUUACCCAGCUGUCUCAGUGGCGCUGGCAAGACGCUGGCGUAGCUUUGCAGGGACAUUAUCCAUGUGUGUCAACGAGAAGUCCUCCAGCAGCUCCCUUCACACUGCGGCUCUACAGUUUGUCAGCACCGUUUUUACUGAAGAGACAAAGAAACGAGACGCAAAAGCUAAAAAUACCUCUGCUCUGUCUGAAGUCCUGUGUGGUUCUUCAUCAGAGCAGCUGUGUGACCUCCUUCUGCAUAGUUUUGAGAAGAGGUCACUUCAGGAUCCUCUGAAGACACACACAGCCAGAGCCUUGAUGACACUGAUGGCGUGUAGAGCCACAGCCCAGAGCUAUGCCGCCAAAGCUGGAUUAAUUGAUACUUGUGUGGAGCAACUCAAACAGAUUUACUCCCAACUGAACUUGGAAUCAGCUCGACCUGGCAGGACGUCCCACCGCAAGAAGGAUGAUGGCUGUUUGAAGGAAGUGAAGCUGACGGUUGAGAUUCUGCAAAGUGCUCUUUACUGCAACGAUGAAUGCAAAACCAUAGCCACAGACGCACGCCUCACUCUGGCCCUGUACUCUCUUUGGCCUUGGCUCCUAUUGGACGAGCCUACCAUGGAGGCGGUCCUUGAGCUGCUGUGCGUCUACACAGCGCAGUUCACCACAGCAUGCAGCUGUCUUUGUGGUAGUGGUCCUGGGGUUGCCCCUGGGUCUAAAGGCUCUUCGGGGAGCUCUCUGAUGCUCUCCAUCAUGAAACUGGCCUCAGGGAUCGCCCCUGACAACAGCUCUAUCCAGAAACUCUCCUUCUACCUCCUCUCAAAUCUGUGCAUAUCCCGGGACUGCAGGGGUCUCCUUCAAAAGCAUAAUUUCCUACAAGGCUUCCUGUCCUUACCGGUGCCUAAAGCGUCGCUGAAACCCUCGGUCGGUUCCGGAGCAGAGCAUCACCAGACUGACCGGAGCUCUGGAGACUCUAUCAGACCUGGCCUCAAACUGGAACCAGGCUCUACUCACCCUUCACAACCUCUGCUUCUGCCCAGCUAA